GAUCAACUGCUAAGCUUCCAAUGAUUGAUCCAACAAUAAACACAACCAGCCGCCAACAUUAUCGUCCCAAAUCAACGGAUGACAGACAAUCAUCUCAUUUCAAGAACAAGAAACCUCAAACAAGAACAAAAUGAAGGUCAUCGUUACCGGGUGCACUGGGCUGGUUGGUGGUGCUCUGCUGCGCGAGUGCAUUGGAAACCCCCGCAUCACUCACGCAUUUGCCCUCACCCGCAAGGCUCUACCAACCGACGUGACCAACAACGAGAAGAUCACGGUCAUUCAGCAUGAAGACUUUGCCUCAUACCCACCCGAACUUUUACAAAAGCUGGCAGGUGCAGAAGCCUGUUUGUGGGCGAUUGGAGGAACGGUACGCCAGCUUGGAGGCGAUGCUGAAUAUUGCCGCAAGGUCAAUGUGGACUUCACCCUCGCUGCUGCAAAGGCCUUUGUCAAUGGCAAACUCGCUGGCAGUCAGAACAAGUUCCGGUUUGUCUUUUGUAGUGGAAAGUUUGCAGAGUGGGAUCAGGACAAAUGGUUGCUGUUUUUGGGCGACACUCGACGCAUCAAGGGACUGGUAGAGAAAGGGCUGGUAGAUCUGGCCAAGGAACAUCCGCAAGAGCUCGAGACUUGGUGUGUGCGCCCGGGAGAUAUCUUUCCGCCCGAUGCAAACAUUCUUCGUCGGAACGCGACUGCACUGACUAGUGGGAUCGAGAAUCUGAAGCUGGCCGCUGCCAUGUCCAAGAUCGCCUUGGACGGGCACCAGAAUCAGAUAGUUGGAAUGGAUGAGCUACCCAGUCUUGCAGAGCGCUGAUCCUGGCCACUCAUCUACAUUGUCCACUGCAAAAUUUCAGCGGACAGUAACCAGAUAGAGAGACUGCCUCUAUAGCUGCAUUUGUUUCUUAUCUCCUGCUAUGUAUUUAAUUUACGCGCGGGGAUCCCAGUUUGCGUCGACAUGAUCGAGCAAGUUGAGCUCCUUCAGAGGCCCUCCAAAGAUCUUCUCCAAACUAAUCAUCUUGAAACUGGCUUCAGUGCUGGUACCUCCUUCAGGC